GAGCCGCGGGGCAGGGGAGGCCGUUGGGGAAGCGUCGGCUUGCACUUGUAGUGUUGGGGGGACUGAUAGAUUUGGGGGGUCGGUUUCUUCAACAGAAGCUUUCCCUAGGGCCCCCGUUUGAAAGGUUCAGGUCUCUUGGGAGGGUGUUCCCCGGGCCCCACAGGUGGGACCCGUUCUCCUCCCAUCCCAUCUAUUUGGAUCUAACCGCCCCCCUCUUCUUUUGCCUUAGAAGGGUCUGGAGGGCAAGGUGGAGGGAUCGAAAGGCCAAACCCAAGUCUUCAGUGGCCCUCCAGCCGUCUGAGGCCGGACUCUGUAAUCUGAUUCUGAUUUAAAUCUGCUGCCGACUCCCUGCCCAAACACUGCCCCAUUCCUCUUCCCUCUGGGAUGGAGUGGGACCCGGCUUUUGGUCUCUGGCUUCCUCUCUGGCUUCUCGGCAGCCCCCCAGGCUCCCUGGAGUGAAGUCACCAGGGCUGGUGGCCAGAGGGUGGAUGGGAUAGGAGCGGGGACAUCGUGUCUUGCUGUUGAUGUUCACUGGUGGGUGUGUCCUGCCGGCCCCCCCCCCCAGGACCCUGAGCCCCACCCCUGCCGCUCCCGCCUGGCCUUUCCUCCUGUCUGUCUGUGUCUGUCCUCUAGGGUGUCUCGCUACUCCUGCGCCUGCAGUACGCCUCUGGCCAGGACACCCCAGAGAGUGUGUUGGGAGGACGUCAUCCCCCAGGGUUGACUUAGCCGAGUCCUCUGCGCCCACUGAGGCCUGGGUGCUAGGGGUGGGCAGCAGCCGCAGAAUGAAAACCUGAUGUUAUGGAGCUGGGUCUGUCUCCACCUCAUCUCAGCAGCUCCCCAGAAGACCUGUACUUGGCCCCUGGGACCCCUCCUGGGACUCCCCCGCCUCCCGAUGCCCCUCUGCCUGGGGAGGUGAAGAGGUCCCAGCCUCUGCCCAUUCCGACCAGCAGGAAUCUUCUUCGAGAGGAGGAGCUGCGGGCAACCUCUCUACCCUCCAUCCCCAACCCCUUCCCUGAGCUCUGCAGUCCUCCUUCACAGACCCCCAUUCUUGGGGGGUCCUCCAGUGCAAGAGGGCUGCUCCCUCGAGACACCAGCUGCCCCCAUGUAGUGAAGGUGUACAGUGAAGAUGGGGCCUGCCGGUCUGUGGAGGUGGCGGCGGGCGCUACGGCUCGCUACGUGUGUGAAAUGCUGGUGCAGCGAGCUCAUGCCCUGAGUGAUGAAAGCUGGGGGCUGGUGGAGUGCCACCCCCAUCUAGCACUGGAGCGGGGCUUGGAGGACCAUGAGUCCGUGGUAGAAGUGCAGGCUGUCUGGCCCAUUGGUGGAGACAGCCGCUUUGUCUUCCGGAAGAACUUCGCCAAGUAUGAACUGUUCAAGAGCUCUCCACAAUCACUGUUCCCAGAAAAGAUGGUCUCCAGCUGUGUGGACACACCGACAGGCAUAUCCCACGAAGACCUCAUCCAGAACUUCCUGAAUGCAGGCAGCUUCCCAGAGAUCCAGGGCUUUCUGCAGCUGCGGGGGUCCGGACGGAAGCUUUGGAAACGCUUCUUCUGCUUCCUGCGCCGCUCUGGCCUCUAUUACUCCACCAAGGGCACCUCCAAGGAUCCAAGGCACCUGCAGUAUGUAGCAGACGUGAACGAGUCCAACGUGUAUGUGGUGACCCAGGGCCGCAAGCUGUAUGGGAUGCCCACCGACUUUGGCUUCUGUAUCAAGCCGAACAAGCUUCGAAAUGGCCACAAGGGGCUUCGGGUCUUCUGCAGCGAGGAUGAGCAAAGCCGCAGCUGCUGGUUAGCAGCUUUCCGCCUCUUCAAGUAUGGGGCGCAGCUGUAUAAGAAUUAUCAGCAGGCACAGUCUCGCCACAUGCGUCCAUCCUGUGUGGGUUCUCCACCUUUGAGGAGUGUCUCUGAUAACACCCUGGUGGCCAUGGACUUCUCUGGCCAUGCUGGGCGUGUCAUCGAGAACCCCCGGGAAGCUCUGAGUGCAGCCCUGGAGGAGGCCCAGGCCUGGAGGAAGAACCACCGUCUCAGCCUGCCCACCCCAGGCUCAGGCACGAGCCUCAGUGCAGCCAUCCACCGCACCCAACCCUGGUUCCACGGACGCAUUUCCCGAGAGGAGAGCCAGCGGCUCAUCGGGCAGCAGGGCCUGGUAGACGGCCUGUUCCUGGUCCGAGAGAGUCAGCGCAACCCACAGGGCUUUGUCCUCUCCCUGUGCCACCUGCAGAAGGUCAAACAUUAUCUUAUCCUCCCGAGCGAGGAGGAGGGCCGCCUCUAUUUCAGCAUGGACGACGGCCAGACUCGCUUCACCGACCUGCUGCAGCUCGUGGAGUUCCACCAGCUGAACCGUGGCAUCCUGCCCUGCUUCCUGCGUCACUGCUGUACUCGCGUGGCCCUCUGACGGCCGCUCCCAGCGUGGCCCCGGAGGUGCAGAAGCUCGCCGAGGAUCGGAGCGCACCCCUGCUCCAGAGAGAGUUUCUGCUUUGCUCCUUUGCCUCCCCCUCAGGCAGAAAGAUUCCCCACCCCCCACCUCUUUCCUCAAGAAAAGGCCCUGGGGGUGGCCCUCCCCUCCGUGGAGCUCCUGGGCACUGCCCUGCGGCAGGGCAUUGUGGGAGAAAUGGGGGCUGCCCAGGUGGUCUGAUGCCCCACACUUUGUACAGACUGAGAGGCCAGUUGAUCUGCUCUGUUUUAUACGAGUGACAA